AUGAGACUCCAUUUGCUUCUCCUUAUUCUCCUUCUCUUUUCAAUUCUCUUAUCCCCAGUAAGAGGUGGUUUGGGUGCUGCUGAAGGUCAUUGUCUCAAUUUGUCUGGUGUUUGCAGAAGAGAUGUCUGUAAAGUAGUAGAAGAUCAAAUUGGUGCCUGCCGAAGAAGGAUGAAGUGCUGUAGAGCAUGGUGGAUUUUAAUGCCAAUUCCAACACCACUUAUCAUGUCAGAUUAUCAAGAACCCCUUAAACCAAAGUUGAAAUGAAACUGAGAUAAAAUAAAAACACAUCAAAAGUGAAGUUAUUUGCAUCUAAGAAUAUUAAAAUAUACAUAUUAAGUACUUCCAUCUUGAUAACCAUCUUGCAUUUUCACUUAACAACAUAAAUGAAUAAAUACUAAUUUCAAAUA